AUCUCUGUUCUGGGGCUCGGCCAACCUGGAAGCUUCCCAAACCUGCAGGACACGCUCUGGCCAGACUUCAUACCUUCUGGAUCACCUGCUAGCAUGGUCUACCCCCUUCACCCUCCCACUGGGGGAUGGGGCAGCCAGAGUGGCAACCCUCUCCCUGGCAGUUUCAUUUCCCAGCCACCUCUCUUGCGUCUGUGCCCAAGUGCAAAUCUUCAGGGCUCUGUGAAUCCACAGGGGUUACUCUCAAUGGUCUAUGCUGGAGAGAAUUUAAUCAUUAACUAAGGUCGGUGUUUCCAGAAGUUCCAACUCCAGCCAAAUUUCCCUGGUCCUUACAUGCAUCCUCAUAGAAAAGUAAAUAUUUCAAGGGACAAGGUUAACUGAAGCCCCCAAGUCCAGUGGAACCAGCUCUUGAUGGCCAAAAGAGGACAGGUUUUUAGAGGACAUCAAGCGAAUCUUUCAGGCUGGGGUAUUUCAAAUACGACUACUAUUAAUAAUAAUUAGUAAUAGUAGCCAUCAUUUAUCAAGUUGCUAAACUGUGCUGAAAAUUUGUCUGAAUAAAGUUAGAUCCUUAUAAGCAGUCUGUGCCGUAGAUGAUACUGUAAUUCCCAUGAGGGACUAAGGAUCAGAGAAGGUGAGUCGCUUGUCUUAGAUCACACAGCUAGCAUGUUACAGAAGCAGGCGUCAAACCUGGUUUGUCUGAAUCUGAAGUCCAUCUCCUUCAUGAGCCUUCAUAGUGUCUGCUUUCUCCUUUAGUCCUAACUUCUUUCCAUUAUGAUUCCUGGGGAGUAGGGGGACAGAAGCCAGUCAAGUUUUCCUGACACCCAUCAACCAGGCCCUGGUCACCCGGUCUCAGCCCAGCUUUGCCUGCCUUGCCGUGUGAUCUUGGGUAAGUCACAACUUGGUAGCCAGCCACUGCGUUUCCCCAGAUGUUUCCUGUGGAGGCUAAUGCUGAGCUUCCUUGUGCAGCCGUGGGCUGGCUAGGAGGGCAGUGGUUAGCCUGGAUUUGACCAAUGUGGGAAUGGUGUUGGGUGGGGGAAGGGAGAGGUGGAGGUUGUCUUUAGCCCCACCCUCUGGUGACAUCACACAAGACAACCUCCAGUCCCUGGAAGCCCCGCCCUUAGUGACCCUCACCUGUGGAAGUACCACAGGUGCCUGGCAUCUGGAGAAUUUGCCCAGUCCCACAGCAGAAUCCAUCGGCCCCCAGGCUCGAGAAAAUUCCCUAGAUGAACACAGAUGGCGGCUUGAACACAGGAGGAAACAGCAGGGGCUGCUGUGUGGAGCCUGGACUGGGAUGGAAAUGGCUGAGGUUGUGAGCCUCCUUAAUUAUUCCUCGGAAGUUUACUGAACAUCUACUACAUGCCAGGCGCUGUUCGAGGCACAUGGGAUACAUCGGGGAGUACAGUCACGGGGUCCUCGCUGAGCUAGCUCUCCCUUAGGACGACUCCUCUCUUCUGAAACUCAGUGUGGGGACAAGGGGGCAGGAAGGACGGACUAAGGACUGGGUUUCCGAGCCUCCCAGCUGCUGCGGGUGGUGCCAUCAAGGGUCGAGGACACCAGUCCCCUGACUUUGCUCUGGCCUCUCUCCCAGCUCCCUGCCUGGCCCACGGUCAUGGCCACGAUGGUGGCCCAGAAGCUCAGCCACCUCCUGCCCAGUUUGCGGCAGGCCCACCAGGAGCCUCGGCCGUCCAGGCGGCCGGAGCCCGUGUUCACAGUGGACCGCGCCGAAGUGCCACCGCUCUUCUGGAAGCCGUACGUCUACGUGGGCUACCGGCCGCUGCAUCAGACCUGGCACUUCUACUUCCGCACGCUGUUCCAGCAGCACAACGAGGCCGUGAACGUGUGGACCCACCUGCUGGCAGCCGUCGUGCUGCUGCUGCGGCUGGCCGUCUUCGUGGGGACCGUGGGCAUCUGGGGAGACCCGCACGCGCUGCCCCUCUUCAUCCUCCUCCUCGCGUCCUUCACCUACCUCUCCUUCAGCGCCUUGGCUCACCUCCUGCAGGCCAAGUCCGAGUUCUGGCACUACAGUUUCUUCUUCCUGGACUACGUGGGCGUGGCCGUGUACCAGUUCGGCAGCGCCCUGGCACACUUCUACUACGCCAUCGAGCCUGCCUGGCACGCCCGGGUGCAGGCCGUCUUCCUGCCCGUGGCCGCCUUUCUCGCCUGGCUUUCUUGCACUGGCUCCUGCUACAACAAGUACAUCCAGAAGCCUGGCCUGCUGGGCCGCACUUGCCAGGAGGUGCCCUCAGCGCUGGCCUACGCGCUGGACAUCAGCCCCGUGGUGCAUCGCAUCCUGGUGUCCCCCGACCCUACCUCAGACGACCCGGCUCUUCUCUACCACAAGUGCCAGGUGGUCUUCUUCCUGCUGGCCGCCGCUUUCUUCUCCACCUUCAUGCCUGAGCGCUGGUUUCCUGGCAGCUGCCACGUCUUCGGGCAGGGCCACCAGCUCUUCCAUGUCUUCCUGGUGCUGUGCACGCUGGCCCAGCUGGAGGCCGUGGCACUGGACUACGAGGCCCGGCGGCCCAUCUAUGAGCCUCUGCAUACCCGCUGGCCCCACAACUUCUCUGGCCUCUUUCUGCUCACCGUGGGCAGCAGCGUCCUGACCGCGUUCCUCCUGAGCCAGCUGGUACGGCACAGACUCAACCGGAAGGCCCAGUGAAUGGCGGGGGCGGGGGGGGGGCAGCUGGGAGGGAGGG